AUGGCACUGCCCACUGACUCCCGCCUCAGCCGUCACCCUCUGCCGCCGCCCUGCCGCCCUUCUCCACCACCAUCACCAGAUCCGCCACCCUCUGUCGCCCGCCGCCGCCGUUGCCUUCCCCCACCACCACCAGAUCCACCACCCUCUGUCGCCCCCUCCACUGCCUUCCCCCACCACCACACCAGAUCCGCCGCCGUUGCCUUCCCCACCAUCACCAGAUCCGCCACCCUCUGUCGCCCCCUCCGCUACCUUCCCCCACCAUCACACCAGAUCCGCCGCUGUUGCCUUCCCCCACUAUCACCAGAUCCGCCACCCUCUGUCGCCCCCCGCCGCCGUUGCCUUCCCCCACCACCACCAGAUCCGCCACCCUUUGUCACCUCCUCCGUUGCCUUCCCCCAGCACCACACCAGAUCCGCCGCCGUUGCCUUCCCCCACCACCACUAG